GCGUUUCCUUCCGGGGCGCGGCCCGCGCUGGCGCGUUUCGGUUCCGGGCCGGCGCUGCGGGCCCUUCCCACCCCCGGCAGGGGAAGGGGGCAACAAGUUUUCUUCUUACUACAUCAGAAGAAAAAAAGAAGGCAGCACCCCCAUUUCCUUCCCACUGCAUGUAACUCACAGCACUCCAGUAGAGUGGUGCACCUGCAGCUGGGACAGCCAUGGAGAAGAGUGGGAACAUUCAGCUGGAGAUUCCCAACUUCAGUAACUCUGUCCUGAGCCACCUGAACCAGCUGCGCAUGCAGGGCCGGCUGUGUGACAUCGUGGUCAACGUGCAGGGCCAGGCUUUCCGUGCGCACAAGGUGGUGCUGGCCGCCAGCUCCCCCUACUUCCGCGACCACAUGUCCCUGAACGAGAUGAGCACCGUGUCCAUCUCCGUCAUCAAGAACCCUUCCGUGUUCGAGCAGCUCCUCUCCUUCUGCUACACGGGCAGGAUAUGUCUGCAGCUGGCUGACAUCAUCAGCUACCUGACAGCUGCCAGCUUCUUGCAGAUGCAGCACAUCAUAGACAAAUGCACGCAGAUACUCGAGGGGAUUCAUUUCAAAAUUAACGUGGCCGAGGUGGAAGCGGAGUUGAGCCAGAGCAGGACGAAGCAUCAGGAGAGGCCGCCCGAGUCUCACCGGGCGACGCCGACUCUGAACCGUCCCCUGAGCCCCCGCCACAACACCCCCAAGGGGAGCCGCCUGGGCCAGGUCAGCACCGUGCUGGACAUUCGGGAGCUGAGCCCGCCCGAGGAGUCCACCAGCCCCCAGAUCAUCGAGCAGAGCUCCGAUGUGGAAGGCAGGGAGCCCAUCCUGCGCAUCAACAGGGCGGGACAGUGGUACGUGGAGACGGGCAUGGGAGAGCGCGGGGCGCAGAACGACGAGGAGGUGCGCGUGCUGGGAGGAGUGCGCAUAAAGACGGAGAACCUGGAGGAGUGGCUGGGCACAGAGCACCAGCCCUCGGGAGAGGAUGGCAGCAGCGCCGAGGAGGUCACGGCCAUGGUGAUCGACACCACGGGCCACGGAUCCCUGGGCCAGGAGGCUUUUGCCUUAGGCUCCUCUGGAGCCAAAGUGGUCAGGCCCACCAGCAGUGAGAUCGACAGAUUUAGCCCUUCUGGCAGCAUGGUUGCUGUGACUGAGCGGUACAGAUCGAAAAGCGAGUCUCCGGGGCGGAUGGAUGAGCCUAAGCAGCCCAGUUCCCAGGGGGAGGAAUCAGCCAUGCUGGGAGUGAGCGGUUACGUGGAGUAUCUGCGGGAGCAGGAGGUUUCCGAGCGCUGGUUCCGGUACAACCCACGGCUCACGUGCAUUUACUGCGCCAAAUCCUUCAACCAGAAGGGCAGCCUGGACCGGCACAUGCGGCUCCACAUGGGCAUCACCCCGUUCGUGUGCCGCAUGUGCGGGAAGAAGUACACCCGCAAGGAUCAGCUGGAGUAUCACAUCCGCAAGCACACGGGCAACAAGCCCUUCCACUGCCACGUGUGCGGCAAAAGCUUCCCUUUCCAGGCCAUCCUCAACCAGCACUUUCGCAAGAACCACCCCGGCUGUCUGCCCCUGGAGGGGCCCCACAGCAUCUCCCCCGAGACCACCGUCACGUCCCGGGGGCAGGCAGAGGAGGAAUCUCCUCCGCAGGAGGAGGCUGUGGCCGUGGGGGAGACGGCCCAGGGCUCUGUGUCCACCACCGGGCCGGAUUGAGGUGCCAGGAGAAAGGACAGUCUUCCCAUUCCUGGCCCUAAAGAGUCAGCACCCACCCGGCAGGCUGGUACUGUAAUUAGUGCAAUGCCACCACCGAACAGAAAGAAGCUCCCAAGAUGUUGCCAAAAUAGAAAAAUCUCUCUCUUUCUCUCUCUUCCUCUCACACACCCACACACACACCCAUAGAGUGUUAAAUGUUUUUCUCCCUUAUUCCUCCUCCUCUCGGAGAAAAACAGAACAACUGUGUCAAUCAACUUCUUAUUCAGGGAUCGACAGGAUUUUAAAAUUUUUUUACUGUUCUGUAGUGAUCUGGGACAAGCAGUCAUUUGUAUUUCUGGACAGCGCUGUGGCCCAGCAGGGCGUCCUGCCGGCGGUGCCGGGUUCAGCCACAGAGCCAUAUCCAUGCUCCCGCUCGAGGGGAGAGCAGGGGCAAGGGGCUGUUGCCUUUCUCCCUUCCCCA